AUGGACAAGAUUAGGAGACCUUCUCACGCUGGCUCUUGGUACACCGACAAUCCGAAAGAAUUAGCUGAGGAGCUCGAUGGUUGGCUCCGAGCUGCCGGGUUGCCCAAAUCUUCCGAUGUAAGAGGUGUAAUUGCACCUCAUGCAGGUUACUCCUAUUCGGGUCGUGCAGCAGCCUAUGCUUUUGGAAACAUAGAUCCUUCAAACAUCACUAGGAUAUUUCUUCUUGGGCCAUCUCAUCACUAUUACACUCCAAAAUGUGCACUUUCGAAAGCUACAGUCUACAAGACGCCUAUAGGCGACCUACCGAUUGAUCAGGAAGUAAACGAGGAGCUAAAAGCUACGGGAAAGUUUGAAAUGAUGGAUCUUCGUGUAGAUGAGGCUGAACAUAGCAUGGAAAUGCACCUGCCUUAUCUAGUUAAAGUAUUCCAGGGCUACGCGGUGAAGAUCGUUCCCAUUUUGGUUGGUGCUCUUAGCGCUGAAAAUGAAGCUGUCUACGGCCGGUUGUUAGCUAAAUAUGUGGACGACCCUACAAAUUUCUUCUCAGUGUCUUCAGAUUUUUGUCACUGGGGCUCCCGGUUCAACUAUACGCACUAUGAUAAGAAGCACGGAGCCAUCUACAAGUCUAUUGAAGCAUUAGACAAAAUGGGAAUGGAUAUAAUAGAAACAGGCGACCCGGAUGCCUUUAAGCACUACCUCUUGGAGACGGACAAUACUAUAUGCGGACGACACCCAAUUAGUGUUUUCCUUCACAUGUUGAAGAAUAGCUCGACAAAGGUGAAGAUUCGAUUCCUUCGAUACGAACAGUCGAGCCAGUGCAAAUCCACAAGGGACAGCAGUGUAAGUUAUGCAUCUGCAGCUGCCAAAAUCGAUGCUUGAAUUUGUGGAAUGAGAAGAAGAUCAUCUCCAUUUCUUGCAAUAACUUGAUGAAUAUUGGCAUUGAUGAAUAGUGCAAAACUUGGCAAUUGUGUUAGCCAUUCUAUCUCUAAGUCGAAACUAAGCUUACGUUUACUAGAUUCUAUUAUUUAGCAAUUUCGAGACAUGCACAAAUCUCUCCUUUGGUCCAUUUCAUUUUGAAUAUCAUGUUGAUUUUGCAUGA